UCUACCUACUAGUUCGAGUUCGACUAGGCAAUCGUCAUCGGGCUGUUGAUUUGUCCCUGUCAAUUCCUCUCUUCUUGUGAUUCUGUUAUUUGUUCCCUUCGUUUCUGUCAUCGCUUCCCAUCCGUCCCUCACGAUUACCCCUCAUGACGGAGGACUUCCCCGGCGCCCUGGUCGGGCCCUCUUCGAAAGAGAGAAAAUACGACCGUCAGCUGCGGCUGUGGGCGGCCAGUGGCCAGCAAGCUCUCGAGGAUUCCCGCGUGCUGUUGAUCAACAAUGACGGGCCCUGGACCAGCCAGGACUCUGGCGUGGCGGGCGUGGCCGGGGUGGAGACCCUCAAGAACCUCGUCUUGCCGGGCAUUGGAGGAUUCACCAUCGUCGACCCCGCCGUCGUCUCCGAGGCGGAUCUGGGCGUGAAUUUCUUCCUGGAGGAAGAGAGUCUGGGCAAAUCCCGCGCCGAGGAGACCUGUCGCUGGCUGAAGGAGCUGAAUCCGGAUGUAGAUGGGAGCUUCUACUCCAAGCCGGUUACAGAACUUCUACCAGACCCGGGAUUUCUCCCGCUGCACAAGCUGGUAGUGGUGUCGGGGCCGAUCAAGGGUUCGUCGCUGGAUGCGAUCUGCGACGCUGCGAGGGAAUACAACAUCCCGGUGCUGUAUCUGCGCUCCGUUGGCUUCUACUCCAGCUUCUCUGUUCAGCUUCCGGCGUUGUUCCCCAUCGUAGAAACCCACCCUGACCCGGAGACGACGCAGGAUCUUCGUCUUCUCACUCCCUGGCCCGAGUUGUCCGCCGCUGCUGAGCGGAUCGGUAAACUCGAUAGCAUGGACGACCAUCAGCAUGGUCAUGUGCCGUACUUGCUGUUGCUUCUGCAUCACCUGGAGCAAUGGAAGCAAACGCACGACGGCAAGGUUCCUUCCAAUUAUAAGGAAAAGACCGAAUUUAGGGAGCUGGUGCGGUCGAGCGCACGAACCAAAAACCCGGAAGGCGGCGAGGAAAACUACGACGAAGCGGUUGCGGCGGUGCUGAAGGCAUUGAACCCCUUCAGCCUGCGGAGCUCAAUCCGUGAGAUCUUCGAGGCGGAGGAGUGCAGGAACCUGAAGCCAGAGUCUACGGAUUUCUGGAUCAUCGCGGCCGCUGUCAGGGAAUUCUACGAGAAGCAUAAAGUGCUCCCUCUUCCGGGGUCGCUGCCGGAUAUGAAAGCUCAGUCGGCCGAUUACGUCUCCUUGCAGAACAUCUACAAGGCCAAAGCGAAGAAGGACGUGGAAGAGGUCACGAACAUCGUUCGCAAGCUGGAAUCUCAACUGGAGGGAUGUCGCUUCCUGGAAGUUCAACCAAAGGAGAUUGAGGUGUUCUGCAAGAACGCCGCCCACAUCAAAGUCAUCAACGGCCGUGCCAUCCCGCGCGUGGACGGCGAUGCACACACUCUCAAAACCAUUCGUAACAACUUGAGCAACGAGGAGUCUCUGAUCCCGAUCUAUAUCGCGUUCCAGGCCCUGGAUGGAGUCGUGACCGAGGUCCAAGAAAAGAAUACCGCAGGGUCCCUGGAGGACGAGACGACGUGGAAUGGCCAAAUCACCCGCAUCGUCAAUGCGCUGAACCGCGAUGACCCCUCGGCCGUGGAUGAGGACGCCUACCAGCGGAUCCUGGAUGCCGUGCAAGAGCUACGACGCACCGAAGGCGGCGAACUACACAACAUUUCCGCCUUGACGGGUGGCCUCGUCGCCCAGGAGGUCUUGAAGGUGCUCACCCGGCAGUAUGUACCCUUGGAUAAUACUAGCAUUUUUGACGGGACGCGCAGCCGCAGUGAGAUGUAUAGGCUGUGAUGCAUAGUUGGCUGGAGAGGUUGGUGAGAAUUGGCUGGCAAUAUUGGAGCCUUUGCCAGGUCCGUAACGAGAAUACCUUCGAUGAAAUGAAUUGACGAAUUUGAGCAUUCUGG